AUGCAAGCGGCAGGUACGACAUGGAACACUCCCGAUGCCAUGCUCCGAGACCUGGAGCUCUUCAACGAAACUCAACAGCGUUGCUCGGACUUCAUGAAGGACUGGUUACAGCAGCCACUGUGGUGGUUGUGGGGCGGCGCGGAGUUUGCAGAUGAAGUGGCUGGGGCAGCUAACCGUUGCAAUUAUAACCAGAACAACGAACAAAUGAACGCGCUUGCAGGUUUGGUGUCUUACAUGCCGAUAGCGUACGGUGCUGUAUUUCAAAUCGAGGGCGGCAACAGGCAGGUGGUUUCGGGGCUGCUGGCAGCGUCGGGGGCCCAGCUGUUCACGGCGUCACGAGUGACGAUGGUACGGCGGCGGCAGGAGGAUGGCCGAUACUUCUUAGAAGUUAGGAGGAGUGGCGGGAUUCCAACUACCGCCGCAGGCAGCGACAUGAAGGACGGGAUGAAGGCAGAAGACGAGGAGCUGAAAGACAAGGCUGACGCCGCCGCUAAGACUGAAGCUCCGGCCGCUGCAGAUGCGGUGGCGGCAGUAGUGCCGGAGGAUGUGGACCCAAGGAACCUGAGGCGUCAUGAAAUGGCGAAAUUCACCAAAGAAGGCAGGUGGUACGUUUUUGGACCGUACGACGCCGUCGUAAUUGCGACGCCACUGCUUGGAUCUGGAAUCCAGUUCGAUCUAGAUGGGGACGGUAAUGCCGACAACGGCGAUGGAAGCCGGGAAGCGCCGGGUGCGUCACAUUGCGAGGAUACGGAUGCGGUGCCAAGUGGCCCCGAAACCGUACUGCACCAGCCGUACCAGGUCACUGUGACAACGUACAUUGUGGCGGAGCGGCUGCGUGCCGGGUACUUCAAUGUAGUACGGGUGCCGCCAGUGGAGCGAGUUUUCGUGACCAGCGACGCGCAGACGCCGUUUUCUUCUGUGGCCAUGAAACGUCUGGAUAGGGUGGAAGGUGUUGGUGAUGGCGGAGAUGAUGGAGGUGGCAGCGGCAGUGGCAGCGGUCAGCGGGUUUUCAAGAUCAAUAAAGCGCACAUAGACCAGGCCCGGUCACAAUACACACCAAACACGCAUAGACCAGGCUCCGUCCGAUACUUGUAA